UUAUGUAUGUAUGUAUGUAUGUAUUUUUUUUUUCAGGACGUACUUAACGAGCGUUUAGACAAACGUGUUGACGCCAUGCUUGAACAGGGUUUGCUGCGCGAGAUACGUGCCUUCCACAACGAACACAAAAUUGAUAAAAGCAAAACCGACAACUCCACAGCGUACACCCGUGGCGUACUUCAAACAAUAGGCUUUAAAGAAUUUAUACCCUACUUGGAGCAGUUUGAUGCAGCAAAUGAUCAGAAAAUUGAUGAGUACUUACGCUUGAAUGCGUAUAAAAUGCCAACAGAAGAGCACUUCAAAGCACAAAAGCCGAGGUCAAUAAACGUAACACGGGCUACAGAGUCACAAAAACAAAAAGAAAACGAAAACGAAUCAGCAACUUCAAGCCAAGCACAGCACGAACUCGACAGAGAAGUUGAAUUAGAAUUGGGAUCAAAUACCACUGUCCCUACAAAUAAAAGUCCAGCUUUACCUGCUGGUAUGGAUGUGCUAAACUCAUGUUUGAACGAAUUGAAGUUGGUCACACAACGCUACUCUAAGAAGCAAAUUAAGUGGAUUAAUAAUCGGUUUUUGGGCAGUAAGGAUCGUCAAGUACCAGAUUUGUAUGAGCUCGAUACGAGUGAUGUAAAGCUCUGGCAAGCUGAAGUGUAUGCGCGUGCUGUGGCGGUGAUCGAAAGCUAUCGAAGUGGGGUGGUGUGUGAGAUACAACCAAUGACGCGACGACAGCAUCCGGGUGCGGGACUCAAUGAGGAGAUUAGCAACUAUUGUAAAUCCUGCCAACGACACUUCAUAGGCGAAUUCCAAUGGCAGCUGCAUUUAAAAUCCAAUAAGCAUAAGAAGCGUAGGGAGUCAAUCAGAAAGAAAGAAAGGGCGAAGGGCUUGGGUACCAUCACUGGAGAUGUGAAGUCCUAAACAUGUUUUCAUUAUACAUGAAUCAAACUUUAAUUAAAACUAAUGUCUUAAAACGAAAUAAAGAAGUUACAAAAAUAUCUAA